GCUCGCGAACCUGUGGCGGUGACGUGAGACCCGCCAACCCGGAAACGGCGGCGGCGGCGGCGGCACCGGAGGCUCCGAGGCUGCUGCGCUCCCGCGCUCCCCCCUCCCGCCCGCCGGGGCCGCCAGGCCUUCAUCUUUCACAUGAGGAGUAGUCAUUGCUACCUGCAAGUGUCAUCGGACUCAACUCAGAGGUCACGUGGAAAACCUGGGAGGAGAGUGCACGGCACACAGUAGGAGAAGGCCUGGAGUUGGAGUCAUUUGUUCAAGGUUACCACGUUGAUAGAAGGACAAGAACAGAAUCACCAGCACUGGCUGAAGCUCUCUUUCAAUAGGAGAGGUACCUUAACAUGGGGAAUCUUCUUAAAGUUUUGACAUGCACAGACCUUGAGCAGGGGCCAAAUUUUUUCCUUGAUUUUGAAAAUGCCCAGCCUACAGAGUCUGAGAAGGAAAUUUAUAAUCAGGUGAAUGUAGUAUUAAAAGAUGCAGAAGGCAUCUUGGAGGACUUGCAGUCAUACAGAGGAGCUGGUCACGAAAUACGAGAGGCAAUCCAACAUCCAGCAGAUGAGAAGUUGCAAGAGAAGGCGUGGGGUGCAGUCGUUCCACUUGUAGGCAAAUUAAAGAAAUUUUAUGAAUUUUCUCAGAGGUUAGAAGCAGCAUUAAGAGGCCUUCUGGGAGCCUUGACCAGUACCCCAUAUUCUCCUACCCAGCACCUAGAGCGAGAGCAGGCUCUUGCCAAACAGUUUGCAGAAAUUCUUCACUUCACACUCCGGUUUGAUGAACUCAAGAUGACAAAUCCUGCCAUACAGAAUGAUUUCAGCUACUAUAGAAGAACGUUGAGUCGUAUGAGGAUUAAUAAUGUUCCAGCAGAAGGAGAAAAUGAAGUAAAUAAUGAAUUGGCAAAUCGAAUGUCUUUGUUUUAUGCUGAGGCAACCCCCAUGCUGAAAACCUUAAGUGAUGCUACAACAAAAUUUGUAUCAGAGAACAAAAAUUUACCAAUAGAAAAUACCACAGACUGUUUAAGCACCAUGGCUAGUGUAUGCAGAGUCAUGCUGGAAACUCCGGAGUAUAGAAGCAGAUUUACAAAUGAAGAUACAGUAUCUUUCUGCUUGCGGGUAAUGGUGGGUGUCAUAAUACUCUAUGACCACGUACAUCCAGUGGGAGCAUUUGCCAAAACUUCCAAAAUUGAUAUGAAAGGCUGUAUCAAAGUUCUUAAGGACCAACCUCCUAAUAGUGUAGAAGGUCUUCUAAAUGCUCUCAGGUACACAACAAAACAUUUGAACGAUGAGACUACCUCCAAGCAAAUUAAAUCCAUGCUGCAAUAACCAUUCUGGAGUAAGCACCUGCUGUAGACAGAAGACAGUAUUCUGCAAUGACUGAGAAUGCACAGUUUUUUAGUGAUUGCAAUUACUAUCUCAUUUAUUCUUGCUUUUAUUUCUUUCCCGGUUCCUCUUCCCUCUUUUUUAAUCAUGUUCUUGUUCUUAAGACUUCUUUUCUGUGCCAAAAUCAGUAAAGUUAUACUCUGAGGGGACGUUGUCCUUUCAAACAGGCCAUCUAAGGCAGCUAAUUAUGCAUUGCAUUGGGUUCUCUACUGAGAAAAAUUCUGUGACUUGAACUAAAUAUUUUUAAAUGUGGAUUUUUUUUUUGAAAACUAAUAUUUAAUAUUGCUUCUCCUGCAUGGCAAAACUGCCUACUCUGCUAUUUAAAAACCUUCAAUGACUUUAUUUUCUACUGCCGCUUUUUUCAUGUGCAGCCAAAAUGAAAAUGUUUAAAUUAACUGUGUUGUACAAAGGGUACCCAACACAAAACUUUUUUUAAAUUAGUUAAGACUUUUGUUUAAAGUUUUAAGUUUGCAUUUUGACUUUUUUUAAAGGAUGUAUGUUGUGUGUUUAACCUUUAUUAACUAACGUUAAAAACUGUGAUGUGUGCGUAGAAUAUUACGUAUGCAUGUUCAUGUUUAAAGAAUGGCUGUUGAUGAUAAAAUAAAAAUCAGCUUUCAUUUUUCUAAGUGUGGUUUGGUUUACUGAUGUUUUUAGGCUGCUGAGAUUUUCCCCAUGUAUAGUUUUAUGGAAUGCAUAUAUACAUUGCAUAAUUUUUACUUCUGUUAGGGGAUAAACAGCUGGGUCUCUAGUAUUGUCUAUGUACAUCAUUUUAAUUGCUCUUAAAACUGCUAUGUAUAUAAGCCCAGGAUCUUGUCAUUAACUUGCCUUCUCUUCUUGAUUUACUCUUUAUGGACAUAGUGAUAGAAGGAAAUGCACGCUUGCUUGAUUCUCAGUUUCAGGAGUGAAAGGGCAGCAUCGUGAAGCACAGGGUGUGGAAGGAAGAGCAGCCCUUAACAUUGGGAGAAGAGUGAGUAGAAGAGGGACUUCCCAGGAGGAAAUUGAAGUCCACGAUCUCAGUGGUAGAAAACUAACUUGUUUUUUAGUGAAAGGUCAUAAAACCUAAAUCAUGAAAUCUAAAUCUCUUGGUUGGGAGAAGCUGCUUGAAGGUUGUCUAGUCUGACGUGGCAGUAGUUUAAUGACAGAGUAUCUGAGGUAAUACAGUUAAAAUGGGUAACCAUGGAAGUACAUCACAGCAGCUUUUACAAAACCUGGAUUCAUCUGCCAGAUCAUGGUGCACACAGCUCUUCAUACCAAACUCCUGCUGACUUACCUGGCCUCCUGCUCACAGUUCUCCCACUUCAUACCCAGUUCUCCAGCCACGCUCAACUCCUUGCUGCUCACAGAUUGCUCCACACACUUCCAUAACUGAGCUGUCUGAAACCUGAACAUGAUUUCCUCUUUCUCCUCCUUGUCUAGCUGACCAGUACCAACUUUCAUUGUUCAACGAUCAGUGUAUGUUACCUCCUUCAUGAAACUUUUAUUAUUGGCAUCUUUCUAGGCAUCUUCUAAGAAUAUUGUAAUGGGUUGACUAGUACCCUACCCCCAUAUACAUCUGGAAUCUAUAAAUAUUACUCCACUUGGAAAAAGGGUACUGGCAAAUAAGAACCUGGAGAGGACAUCACCUUGGAUUAAAUUUGGCCCUGAAUCCAAUAACAAGUCCUUAGAAAAAGGACACACACACACACACACAUACUCACAGGCACACACACACACACAGCAGAAGCUAGUCAUGGAAGGAUGGAGGCAAACGUGAGCAGUGUAUCUACAAACCAAGGAACUCAAGAAUUGCUGGAGCCACAGAAAACUAGAAGAGUCAUGGAACAGGUUUCCUUGAGAGUCUCCAGAAGGUUCCAACCCUGCUGAUGUUUUGAUUUCAGACUUAUGUUCUCUAAGACUGUAUGUUAUGUGGUAAUUUGUUACUAUUGCCCUAAGAACCUAAUGCAAGUAUCUUGUAGAACACCUCUGAAAUAUAACUGUACUUUGGGGUGUCUUUUCUGAUACUAGGAGAAGCAUAGUGUCUGAGAGAGGAGCCAUGUCUUGAUUGUCCUUCAUUGACCCAAAGAAGGAACUUGCACAGUACCCAAAUUUGAAUAGGUGCCAAGUGAAUGCUUGAACGGUGUGAAUGGAUACAAAUAAAUAAUGAUUGAAAUAGAUAUAGUAAUAACUGCUGUGGUCUGUUUGGUAACAUAGUUCACAAUCUGCAUGUUGAAGAAUAAGUGGGAAAAAUCCCUUAACUCUAGCCCAGGGUUCAGCAAAAACUGACCUGUUCACCUGCCAUCUGUUUUUGCACAGCCUGUGAACUGAGAAUGGUUUUAAAAGUUGGAAAAAAGAAUAAUAAAUGGUUUUUAAAAAGGUUGAAAAAUAUUUUGUAGCAUGAGAAAAGUAUAUGAAAUUCAAAUUCCAGUGUUCACAAAUAAAAUUUUAUUGAAA